CUAAGCCCCAGCCUGCUUGUUCACCAGAGCCCCUGAUGGUGGGGAUGGACUUGGAGCAGGCUGGAACCAGGUCGCGGCCCCCAGGUACACCCAGCUGUAGUAGAAGACCGCUAGCGGGAGCAGGGUGCAAUGGGAGUAGACUAGGAGAUCCAGAAGACAAGCCGAAGUUGGGACAGGCAGAAGACAAGCAAGGUCAGGAACGAAGCCGGGGUUGGUACACAGAAACACUAAACCGGAUACUUGGAAGAACACUGGGGAGCACAGACAACAAACGUUGCUCAGGCAAUGUGGGACAGACUGAGCAUGUCUUAAAUAGACAGGCAGACAAGGAGGCGGGCCAGGAA